AGCGAAGUAUUCAGACAGCUGAAAGCAAUAAUCCAUACAAUGAGCACCACCCCGUCAAGAUCAGCACCACCUCCUCCUCCCCCCGAGGAGGAUUCCCAGGGAGCUUCAGCCAAUGAGCGAUUACUGGCGGCUGCCAAGACUGACAACGAAGGAAUGCUGGAGGAUGCGCUCAAGGAACUGAGUGAUAUCAACCAACCUGAUGGCCUUGGUAACACUGCCCUCCACUAUGCUAUUAUUCACGCAUCUACAAACGUCCUCGAACUUAUCCUUUGCCACGACACCUGUGACGUCGACCUGAAGAACAGACUACAAGGAGACACCCCUUUGCACAUUGCUGUUAGAAAUCGAUGGGAUCAAUAUGAGGGUCUGAGGUUGUGGUUAGUACAAAGUUUGUUAGAAGCUGGUGCGGACACCACAAUCCGAAACCGUUACAACGAAAAGCCAAUAGACAUCCUCCCCCGCGCAGACCCCAACGCCGACCUAACAUCCGACGACGAAAAGAUUCGCUGUGCGCUCCGCCAGGCUGAAGCAGAGGCUUCACUCGCAAUCUCAGAUGCUGUGGUAGAUGACGAUGAUGAGGCUGAGGUGGACCCGGAUGAUGUUGCGUCCGAUUCAGAUUAGGGUUAGGUUACGUUAGGUUAGAGAUGAAGGGGGCUGGUGACGUUGUAGACUUUGGGCAUGUAGCAAGACAUCA